AUGACAACACCAGCCACACACACAACCAACAAUGCAACUAUGACUACACCAGCCACACACACAACCAACAAUGUAACUAUGACUACACCAGUCACACACACAAGCAGCAGCACAAAUAUGACUACAACAGUCACACACACAACCAACAAUGUAACUAUGACAACACCAGCCACACAAACAACCAACAAUGUAACUAUGACAACACCAGCCACACACACAACCAACAAUGUAACUAGGACUACACCAGCCACACACACAGCCAACAAUGUAACUAUGACAACACCAGCCACACACACAACCAACAAUGCAACUAUGACAACACCAGCCACACACACAACCAACAAUGCAACUAUGACAACACUAGCCACAAUCACAAGCAGCACAACAACUGUGACUAUACCAGUCACACAGACAACCAACAAUGUAACUAUGACAACACCAGCCACACACACAACCAACAAUGUAACUAUGACUACACCAGCAACACACACAACAACAAUUACAGCCACUACACAGCAGGUAACACCACAAACUACGCCCACAAACUCUACUCACACCUCUCCUGAGACUCCCGCAUCCCCUAGCACAACCUUGUCCUCUAUCACUAGCAGCAAUGCAACAAUAACAGUCAGACCCACACCCUCUUCACCUACUUCCAUCUCCAGCUCUGUCCCUCCAAACACCUCCCCAGGCAGUAGCACCGUACUCCCCGGUGGAACUACCACCCCCCUUAGUCCCUCAACAACAACCCCAGGAGUGACCAACCACACCACCGAAGUCACCUCUUUGACACCUUCAAUUACACCGACUAAAGGAAACACAACAGCCUUCCCCACCACCGGCCCCUCCACCACCAGCACCACCGCUGUCACCACCACUGUCACCACCAGCCCAAACUCCACCACACCAGCACCACCCCCACCCAUCCCCCCACAAAUUGUGUGCCCCGCUCUCCAGUGCCCACCUGAUAGUGUGUGUCUUAGUGGAGUUUGCCAGUGUCGCUCCGGUAGCUUUCUGGAGGGCAACCUCUGCGUCCCAGCCCAAGUGUUUCCAGGCCAGCUUCAUUUCAUGGCCUUGACAUUUAAAGCUGCAAUGAGUGACAGGACCUCUUCAGAAUUCAAGGAAACGGCGGGUCAAAUCUCAGCAGAGCUUGGAAAGAUCCUUCUACAUGAGCCCGGGUAUCAACGAUCUGAUGUGGUGGAGCUUCGAGAGGGAAGCAUUCAAGCAUCUGUGAAUAACAUCUUUAUAAACACCACCUUCACUCAAGAGUCUGUCAAUAACGCUAUUGACAAAGCUAUCAACGCCUCAGUGAACUCCACUGGAUUUUUUUCCAAUGUGACAUUCGCAGGCUCAGACCUGUGUACGCAGAUUCCACUUCCAUGUGAUGUCUCCACUACAAAUUGCAUGAAUAGAAAUGGCAAGGCUUCAUGUUUCUGUCAACCUGGCUUUGUCUCCAACGGGUUCUCUAACGCCAGCUGCAGAGCUUCUCUGCUAGCAGUGGUGGUCGUCUCCUCUGUACUUGGAGGAAUUCUUCUCAUCAUGGCCCUGGCUUUGAUCAUAUUCUUCUGCUGGAGGAGAUUCUCGGACAGAAAACCAGCCAACAGCAGUAGUCCAUACUCAUCAAACGUUGAAUCAAACAAGCCCUGGCCUGUUGGCAUCACACCCAUCCCGCGUGCCAGCACGGACUGGGAUUCAGCUCCUGCCAUGGAGAUGAGAGAAGCGGGCACUAUUCGAGCCCCGGUGGACACAAAUCCUCAAAAGAAUGGAGUGUCAGGAUCAUACGAUCUCAACCCUGAACCAUUGAGGACCUUCAAAGGUAAACAUAAGUCCACUUACUCGUCCAUGUUUCCUACUGGCCACGAGAACCCCUACUUCAUACCUGACGAUGGGAAGAACAACUGA